AUGCAGAAUCAAAUAAUACUAGCGAUCAGCUUACUUUGCACCUUGGGUCUAUCAAUUGGCCUUUCUAGUAAUGGUGGCUCUAAGUUCGAGUAUAGUUCCCAUGCCCUAAAAGAACGCGCACCAGACACCGCGCCUUCCAAAGAGCUGUGGGUUUUCGCUGUCAAUUCUGGGCAUGGGAAAGACCCAGCUAUUACAGAUAUUGACAAUUAUAUUACCUCCAAACUAGGGUCUAAGGAAGCGAGUUUGAAGGAUAAUAAGGUUCUGGACAUUGACGGCAAUCUCUUAUGGUUCUAUGCGGAGAUAUCGAAUAUAACACCAUUUAAGAAGUUCGAUGUACCUAUCGAUACCGGUAUCACCGGGACUGUUGAACCGACCACGCUAGAAGACACUGAGCCAUCGCGGCGCGUCAAGCGCGCACCAGAAGCUCGACAGGCCCGACCAGAGCUUUGUGCAUUAUCUCAGGACCCGAGAACAGAUGAUAUCACGGACCCAUGUGAUUACGUUACUCAUGAGACUCAAGGCUCAGGAGUCACCGUUUACGUAGUCGGGUUCGGCGCAGAUUUAGAUCACGAAGAGUUCAAACAUUUAGACAGUAAAUCUGUACAGUUCAUCUUCGCAGAUUCAAAGAAUAAUCACAAAAGGGAGGACUGGCCGAAUCCCAAACGUGUGAACUAUGGUUUUGGAACCGCAGUUCUCAGCAAGCUUUGCGGGUUACAAUACGGUGUUUCCAGGAAAAUUACGCCAAUAAUUGUCAAAAUUACAGAUCAGGAUGGAAGCCUCAACUUUUUUAAGGUGGUCCAAGGAUUGAUGAAUGUUUAUGCCGACGUUAUCUCCAAAUCGAAACGAAAUCCCGAAGCAAAUUUCAUCAUUCUUGACACUUUAAAUCCGAACGAUUCUCCUAAUCUCGCUGCAAACCCCGACAUCAAAAAUGCUUACAUUCAUAUUAUAAAAAAGCUGUCUUCUAUGGACAACGUGAUUGUCGUGGUGGGUGCGGGCCAAGGAAAAACCUAUUCAUUUCCAAGUCGACUAGGGAGAACCCCAGCAGAAUAUCCAAACCUUUUGGUAGUGGGCGGCGUAGACACUUCCUAUAGAGCAAUUGAAAAUGCUGAAAGCUGGAUUCAAAUUUUUGCCCCUGCUGUUGAUAUCAAAGUAGCAGCGAGGCCUCCAUUCCUCUAUGCGGCCAUGAACGGGACACCUCUAGCAGCAGCAGCUGUAGCAGGAAUACUCGCCACGUUCAUGUCCCUGGGGAAGAUAGGAAGUCAACAAGCACUAGCACAACUCUAUAAACUCGCGUAUAAACGCGGGCCCACAAAACUUCACACGCGGGUCGUUUACAAUGGGGUGUGGCAGCACACCGCCAAUAGCAUCAAUUCUAAUAACCCCGCGGUGGACCAUGCGGGGUGGGAUCAAUGGGAAUAUGACGCUGAGUUUUGCAGGCAUUGUACCCGAGGCAGCGACGGGGAGGUGAUUCGCCAUGUCCUUUGGGUGCCGGAGGAUUGUCCAUGUCCGGAGGCUAGUAGCUCAAGAGGUCGAAGUACACGCUGA